CGGUCUCCGUGUGAGGGUGAACGUGAACAGAACAGACCACAGUAUCGAGCCAGCAUAGUCUGUAUAGGUGGCUUCUUUAUUCAGUAUCUCGACAGGAAGAGUUUAUUCGUUACAUUGGGAGGAAAGUGUUAUUUUUAUAAUAAUUAUUAUAAUUAUUUAUUUAUUUUAUUAUUAUUUUUUUUUUUGAGUGGGAAAGGACGGUGCAAAAAGGACCUCCGAGAUUUACCUCGAUCGUUUCCUUUAAAGAAAGUCCAAAAUGAAACCGCGAGAGGAGGACGUCAACCUGGGCUUGCAGAGACCGUCCGUCACCAAAGGUCAAACGCUGAGGCAGAGCAGACCUAUCACUUCCAGGGAACUCGAGGACCUUCUUAAACUCCAUCCUGAGGAGGCCGCUCAGAAGCUCCUGCAUCGAAGGUCUAGUUGCCUUCUUGUUCAGAAGCACGAGGUGCAGGAUGAAUCUCUCAUGCUCCUGGUCCAAGUCAUUGCCCAUGUCUCAACUCCUAGUUCCUUGAGGGAGGACGUAGGUAAAUUGAUCCUCUCGAUGUGUGAACAAAGAUUCGUCGACAGGGUGUGUUCCUAUACCAUGAGGAUGAAAAGGAUAUACCCUGAAAAAUUCCAUGAUUUCCUUAAACACUUGUUUAUCCUUUUAGAAGCUUAUUCUGGAGCGAUAAUUAGUGUUGCUGUGGACAGUCUAUCGAAUCUGAUUGACAUAUGCAUGGCAGUGUUACCAGUAACUGAGGAUGCAGACUUGUUGAAGAAAUAUGAAGAUUUACAGAAAAUGGUUUUGGAAGAGCAGCAAAAGUUCCACGAGGGACAUGGAAGGGAGGAAACGAUUUCCCUUUUGGAUAAUGCGGAACCUCCAGGAGAUUUCAGAGAAGUUCCUUCAUUUCCAACAUGUGAAGAACUACUUAAAAGACAACAACCCUUCCUUCGCAGGAACAUCACAAAGGGAUUGUACAAAGAUAAUAAUCAUUACUUAGAUGUACAGUUCCGCUUGCUCCGUGAGGACUUCACAAGACCUCUAAGAGAUGGCAUCAAUGAUUUCAAAGAAGGUGUUUGCAACAGAGAUAUCAGAGUUUAUAAAGGUGUUACUCUCGGCAAACCUGUCAUCAAACAAGGGGAAAUCAUGCACAUAGCCCAUGUGAAGCUUCCAAAGAAUAUCAAUUUAAAAAAAAGCAAUCGACUGAUGCAUGAGAACUUACUGUGUCUCAGCAACAAUGGUUUUAAAACGUUGUUCAUUGGAACAGUUGCUGAUACUGACGAUCUGGCGUGCAAAGGAUUCCUAGGCAUUAAAUUUUAUUCUGAUCCUCCUAUGGUAGACCUCAAAGGCAGUUUUGUCAUAAUAGAGUCCAAAGCAUACUUUGUGGCUUACAGAUAUGUCCUCGAAGGCUUAAAAAACCUGACAGAUAAAGUACCAUUCGAGUCAUACAUCAUCUAUGUAAAGCCAAUUGUCGACAUGCCAAAGUACUUAAGAAAGGAUACAUUAUAUGACUUACGAGUUAUCAAGGAUCUGGGGCUGAUGCUCAAGCCAGGCAUGGAUAAGAAACCUACAGCCUCUCCCCUUUGCAAUGUUCCUAUGAGGAGUGAACUUGAAACAUGGCCCACGUCAGAGGAACUUGGCUUGGAUGACUCCCAACGUCGAGCUUUGCACAGUGCUCUUACUCGAUGUUUUGCUAUCAUCCAGGGACCUCCUGGAACUGGAAAAACCUUCAUUGGCCUUAAGAUUACGAAGAUAUUGCUCCAUAAUAGUCAUAUCUGGGAGGAUAAAGUUCAUUCUAGCCCAAUACUGAUUAUCUCCUUUACAAACCAUGCAUUGGAUCAGUUCCUCGAGGGAAUAUCAAAAUACACUAACAAGAUUGUCCGAGUGGGAAGCAGAACCAAUAGUACAACUAUAGCUAGAUUCCAGAUCAAAUAUGUAACAAGAUCGUUAAGAAUGAGACGUGUUAUCCCAGAGCAUAGAGAAAAAGAAAUAAAAAUUGAGAUGGAACAUGUAGAGAAAAAGAUAAAAAAACUUCAAGCAAGAGAAGAAGGCCUUGAGUGCCCACCAGGAAUCCUAAGUCUGAAUGAAUUAGUGACAGUUAUUCCAAAGAUUUUCUUGUUACAGCUACAAGAAGCAUCUCUGUCACUUUGGCUGUUGGAUCACCGCCUACUGGGAGAAGCCAAAAUGAACGUAAAAAGGCAGAGCAAAUCCUUCAAUCCAGCUGUUAAGGUGCCUUCAGACCUCAAGUUUGAAGUAACUUUCGAGUCUCUAGAGAAACAGAGGAAAGAGUCCGAAGGCAACAAGAAUAUAUUGGCACAGAUGAGCAUCCAGUUUCUUAGACCUCAGAUGGAAGCCUUGCAAAUAGGUCUCCAGAUCCCUGAAGACCCAGACAAGAGCAUGGAAUUGGAGAAAACAUAUGACAACAUUUGGAAACUGGAAAUCGUAAGACGCUGGCAACUGUACAAGCACUGGGUAAGGAAAGUUCGCUGCCAGAUUUUGGACGAGUUAUCUUCCGCAAUAGAUUCUCACAGGAAAUUGAAUGAAGAUUUGCAAAAAUGUAAAAAUGAGUUGUCAUUAUAUGCCAUGAAACAAGCAUCUGUUGUAGGUAUGACAACUACUGCAGCUUCCAGAAAUGCGCAAGUUCUGAAAGAUCUUGCUCCCUCUAUAGUGAUUAUUGAAGAAGCAGCAGAAGUCUUGGAAUCCCAUGUUGUAACUUCUCUCACGACACAGUGCAAGCAUGUUAUCCAAAUAGGCGACCACCAGCAGCUUCGACCAAGUACGACAGUCCACGAAUUGGCCACGAAAUAUGAACUUGAAAUCUCCCUCUUUGAGAGAAUGACUAGAAACGGAUUGCCCUUCGCGACCCUGGAAUUCCAACACCGGAUGAGGCCAAGCAUUUCAACGCUGCUGGUGCCGUCCAUUUACCCGGCGCUGAAGGACAGUCCAUCCGUAAGGGGCUUCCCUCACAUCAGGGGUCUUCAGAAGGACGUGUUUUUCUUCUCUCAUGAGUAUCCGGAAAAAAAGAAAGCUGGCGAUGGCAUGAGCCACGAAAACGUGCGUGAGGCCGAGUUUAUCAUGGGGCUCUGCCGUCACCUCAUGUUGCAAGGUUACACACCGGAUGAGGUGACCAUCCUCGCUGCCUACUCUGGACAAUUCUUUCUUCUUCGAAAC